CGCUCUGCGAGCACGUAACGCAGAGCUCUGCGCAAAUACGAAGCAUCCUCGGCCGAUCGUGCAUGACCGUUAUGGCAUGGAGCACGAUUAAAGAGGCGCUCUUCUGCGAAGUACGUGCUUAACUUCCAGCGCAGCUCCUGGAUUGGAAGAGGACGUCCACUUGAAAUAAGGGGAAUCUACGCAGGCGCGAAAAAACAAAGCGUGCAGUGCAGACCCGAUCCUAUACGCACGUCACAUCCGCCAUGAGCCGAGGAAGCAGAACGGCGACGCAGCGCCUGCGACUCGAAUACGCCAAGCUUCUCAAGGAGCCCGUGCCGUACGUCUCGGCCCACCCGCUGCCGGCCGACAUCCUCGAGUGGCACUUCGCCGUCAAGGGACCCGAGAACACCCCGCUGGAAGGCGGCGUCUACCACGGCAAGCUGCGCUUCCCCGCCGACUUCCCCUUCUCGCCACCGUCCAUCUACCUGAUCACGCCCAACGGUCGCUUCCAGUGCAACACCCGGCUGUGCCUGAGCAUAUCCGACUACCACCCGGAGUCCUGGAACCCUUCCUGGUCCAUGUCCUCCAUACUGACCGGACUGCUCAGUUUCAUGGUGGACGAGACGCCCACGCUCGGAAGCCUUGACACCACGGUCGAGCAGAAGCAGAAGCUGGCCCGCGAGAGCUUACGCUUCAACCUCGAGGACAACGUCUUCUGCGAGCUCUUUCCCGAAGUCGUCAAAGAGACCAGAGCCGCCCUAGCCGCCGACGCGGCCGUCAAAGGGGACUGUCCGCAGGUUCCCUGAGGCUCCCGCUUCUUCGGGGGCCCUCCCGCAUCGCUCCCUAACCUCCUUAUCCUACAAUAUGCAGCUCAUUAUAACGUACCGGCCAGAGACGUCGUCUCGUCGAAGUGAGGCCCCUGUUUUCGUGGGGCCGAUCGAAGCUUCAAGAUGCACCGCGAAAGAGGACGUGCUUUGCCAACGAUGGACGUCAGAGUUCGUAACUCGUUAAAGUGGCAGGGAUAAGGCCGAUGGACUUUUCCUUACUUUGAACACGUCACUCAAGGAGUUCGUCACAGUGCACAGACGCAUCGUAUGAGAAGCGGGACGACUGCUACGUGGGUCUUCGCAACGUGAAGCAGGGUGCACGAACGCAGCUUCGGAACUUUUUCAGGAGGUUAAGGAAAUAGCCCAUUAAAAUGUACCAUG